CUCUCCAUUUUGUUUGAGCUCGUCUGUUUGGCUUGCCUGGAAAUCUAGGAAGUAAGUUCGCCAAAACCUGAGGCGUCUGUGUCAUCGCAUGUUAUAUCGGUCGUGGUGAAAGCAUUCGAGCAUUCGUUUCUUUCUUUAUUUUUCCCUUUUUUCCUGCGCUUUCCCGGGCAUUGUCUUACUUCUCGUAUACGACAGACGUUUUUGCUGCAAAGAAUGAUUUUUGAGGGCAUGGGUGCAACGCGUGGUGUAGCGCCGCGAUUUUCUACCCUCAUAAUCGGUUCGAAGAGUAUUGGAAGGAAGCUAAAUGUGGCCGUGGUGCGGUUGAAUCAGAGAGACAGAAAGGAAUGUAUAACAAAAAAAUGUGAUUUUCGCCCAAAUAGCGCGUGCGCGAGGCAGAGACUGUUGGAUUUCCAACUUUCACACUCUUGUAACCAUUCACAAGCUGUUACAGUGCUGGAAUCUGGAAACUUUUCUUCUUUUGAUGAGGACUGUUUGUUAAAGAACAAGGCACAAGAGGUUGCGUCAUACGUAAAUGGACGCUCAAUAUUUCUUUUGGGAAUGAUGGGAUCUGGAAAAACAACAGUGGGCCAAGUUCUAUCAACAGCAUUAGGUUAUUCUUUUAUUGACAGUGACGCAUACGUGGAACAGGCUAUGGGUGGAACUUCGGUGGCACAAAUAUUCAAGCAUUAUGGGGAGAGUUUCUUCAGAGAUCACGAGAGUGAGGCAUUGCGGAAAUUGUCCUCGGUGCCCAGGCAAGUUGUUGCCACGGGAGGCGGUGUAGUUGUUCGCCAUAUAAACUGGAAAUUUAUGAGGCAGGGGAUCUCUGUCUUUUUAGAUGUGCCCAUCGAUGCAUUGGCCAAGAGGAUUGCCAAAGUGGGAACUGAUUCUCGCCCUCUUUUGCAUUUCGAUUCAGGAGAUGCUUACACUAAGACUUUUGUGGAACUGUUUACUCUUACAAAAAAGAGAUCUGUGGCAUAUGAAGAUGCCGAUGUUACAGUUUCCCUCCUAAAUCUUGCAGCUAACCUGCAUCUUGAUGACAUGUCUGAUAUCACACCAACUGCCGUAGCAACUGAGGCACUCGUACAAAUUGGGGAAUUUCUACAGGAAGAAAAUGGCAGAGCACCCCGAGUACAUCCUUAAAUAAUCGAACCUCUUGGUUUUUAGCUUCUCCAUGGUUUUCACUUGUAUUACAGAAGAACACCUUUAUUUACCAAAACAGAAUAGCUUUCUCGGAUGUUUCCUGAUGACAUUAAUUAUUUUGGAGAAAACAUAUAUAUAUAUAUAUAUAUCAUGAAAGCACUAGGAGAGUAAAUAUCAUUAGAUUGAUAUACAUUGCGAUAAGUGGCAUUCACAAAGAUGAGUUACAUUGA